GGUGGACAUCAUAGAAAAUUACCUUAUUUCAUUAGCAUGUAGUAAUCAAAAAUGGCAGACUCAGAGGAAUCGCAUCUGCACCAUAGACCAAGCAAUGUAAAUGCAGCAGCAUUUAAUACCAUUGAAGCCAGAAACAGUGGUGGAGACAGCGAUGGCCUGGAAUUCAUGGAUUCUGAACCUUACCAAAGUGACCGAACGUUCAAGAAGCAAUCUGCCAAAAAAAUUUUCAUAUCCUACUCAAAUAAUGCUGGCUUUCAGGAGAAAAAGUUUGUCUGUGACACAGUUAAACAGCUUAAAGAAAAUGAUUUAGCUGAAGACAUUUGGUUUGAUAAAGACGAAACAGCUAGCUCAGGCUGUUUGUGGUUUGUGCAGAGACUUGAAGCUCUUGAUAGGUGCAGUGCAGUUAUACUCUUUCUUUCCAAAAGUUUCUUUCAAAGUCAAAUUGCUCAACUGGAAAGUAAAAUCAUACUGGACAGGCUGCGGUCCCCUAGCAGACCUAUUAAGAUCUUUCCUGUCAUGUUUAACACUGUGGAGAUCCCUAAAUCAUUCGAACCUCUUCUGGAUGGAGCUUUGGAUCUUUCAGGAGCGCAAGUUGCUACAUCCAGUUUAUCUGAAAAGAGCUCUAUUGUAGUUGGAAGUUUUAAUGAAGAAAUUCAAAAAUAUUGUGCAGCAUCUACGUCUAUGGGAUCAUUUUCUGCAGCUAGUGUUUCAAAAACCCGUGGAGAGUUCAAAGACAAACGUUUGUGUGCAUGGUCAGUGGAGGAUACCCAGGAAUGGCUUGUCCAUCUUGGAAUAAAAGAGUUUUAUAGACAAGCAUUUGAAGAAUUAAUGAUAGAUGGAUUUUUGCUACCAUGCCUAAAUGAAGAAGACCUAGAACAUUCUUUAGGUAUUGACAGUCGAGGUACAAGAAGAAAAAUCCUUCACCAAAUCAAGGCUAUUCAAGACCGAGAAAAAGUGCUCCCUGAAAACUGGCACCUACAAGCAAAAUCUACCCGCCCUCGGACAGACACUGCAUACAUAAUUUAUGACCCUGCUGAUACUCACUUGGCACGAGCCCUGCGUACUGAGCUACAAAAGAAAGACCUGAGGGUGCUGCAAAAUGAAAAAUUGAGCCACACAAAAGAAGAAUACCUAAAGGCUUGUGCAUCUCAUCUUACUUCAGCAAAGAAGGUGCUUGUUUUACUAACAGACACAGCACCUGGUUCAUCUGUGAUUUACCUUCAGGUUUUGCUUUCUGAAUGGCUGGGAAAGCAAUUUCUGAUUGCCGUUUAUAAGAACUCCUGGGAAAGACUGCGUCCUAGUCUUAAACUGGUACUUGGAGAGAAAUCAGCUAUAGAUUUUGAAAGACAGUUGUUCAAGGAAGCUACAAGUAUUCUUCAUGAGCAGCUUCGAACACGCAAAACCAUCACUGGAGUUGUACUGGAGCAAUCUUAUGUUGACCGGUUAGCAGAAGGAGUGAAACCUUUGCAAAGUCUAACAUCAAAAUCAUCAGAUUGCACUCAGUGGUCCACAGAAAAUGAAGAAACUGUACCCAAGGUAUUCAUCAGUUAUCAAUGGGAUGCUCAAACGAAGAUCCAACAAAUAAAAAGUUUCUUAGAGGCUCAUGGACUUUCUUGUUGGGUCGACUUGUGUGUUAGAGGUCACUCUAGUAUGAGCUGUCGCAGUACAUCUGUGCUUCCUGAUGUAAGCACUGAGACUCUACAAAGUAAAAUCAUCAGAAAUAUGAAGGCAGCUGCAGUUGUUAUAUGCUGCUUCACGCCAAAGUAUAUUCAAUCUGACAACUGCAAUAAAGACCUCCAACUGGCCAUGUCCCUAGAAAAACCUCUGCUUCCAGUUCUACUCCAUUACCUGCCUUGGCCCCCAGCUGGGGUUUCCGUCAACAUCCGCAGAUAUCUUUGCCAAUUUGCAACCACUGACCUCAGCAAUGACAGACUUUUUAACCGAGACUUGCAUAUUCUCUUGAGCAGAAUUCAAAAAUUAUUACAACUAUAAUAAUCCCAGCCUAAAUAUAUUCUCACAAUGCAUUAGUCUGAAGAGAUUUACUUAUUAACCCGCACAGCUGCUAUUACUCACAGCAUUAAGUGCUUUGACAUUUAUGUUAUUUAGAGACAUAUCGCAGAUCUGUACUGCAAUCUAUCAUUCAUGACAUUCGAUGUAUAUUUCAGAUCUACACAGCACCCUGAGGUGAUGCUGAGGUGGCGUGUAAUGUUUUUACUCAGGGAUAAGACAGUUGUGACUCAACAGUGGCUUUUCCACAGCAUUUUAUUAUGUUGAUAGUUAAAACAAUAUACAUUUUCUUAAUAUGGGAAUGCAGUGUCAGCUAUAAUAUGUAUGGCAAUCUGAUUUUUUAUACUUGUAAAACAGAUAAAAAUACAAAAACAGAUUUUAUGCAUGACAAGAAAAUUAUGUUUGUUUUUGAUGAAUUUCUGAAUUUGAAUUGAGUAACAUAGCUUAACCUUCACAUACAGACAUAAGAGAUAAAUUGAGAUAAAUUUGAUUUGAUAUACUUUGUUAAUCCCUGAGGAGAAAUUGUAAUUUUGUGUGACCUUUGGGGUCAGAGCAUGGGGUUGGCCGAUGUACAGCACCCUUGGAGCCAUAUUCAGGUAAAGGGGCUUACUCAAGAGCCCAACAGAGGAAGAUACCUUCUUCUAGUAACAGGAUUUGAACCGACAACCAACCAGACACCGCCGAUCCUUAGCCACAGAACCACCACUCCAAUAUCCUGUAUUUUAGAAAUAAUUUGCCAGAAUAAAGCCCAGAAUCACAGACUGUUUCAUAAAAAAGUCACAUUAAGUAUAGACCCUUUUAAAACAAUUUCUUCAAAUUUUUUCAAUAAAUAAAAACAGAAAACAACUUAAUCAAAAUAAAAUGCAGUUUGCAUUCAUCUAUUUGAUAAAGUGGCUGUGUGGAUAUCUUUUAAUAUAACCUGUUACCACCUAUCACUUGGGGCUUCAUGUAUAACGCUGUGCGUAGAAUUCACACUAAAACAUGGCAUACAGACAAAAGUGGAAAUGUGUGUACGUACAAAAAAAUUCAGAUACACAAACCAUGCAUAAGCCAACUUCCACGCACUUCCGCUCCAUAAAUCCCAGUCAGC